GGAAGCGCAAUGAAGAUGAGAAAUCGAGGCAAGGGCAGGGCGAUGGGAAACCGAGGCAAGAGCAGGGUGAUGAGAAACUGCCAGGGCAGCGAGGUAGAGUGCGACGAGUGGAAGUUUAAGGACAUGUGCUCUGCCGCCUCGUGCGAGGAAGGUCCCGGUGAACAGAUGCUCAUGCGGCAUUGCUCCUGUGAGAAAAUGGGACGGACUAUACGCGUCAGAAGGCGGGUAAAGUGUAAAGACGAGGACCAAGACGAACACAUGGACACAGAGGACGACGACAUGGAUGACGGUGACGACAACGAUGGCGAUGCCGGGGGAGACAGAGAUUCAAAUAGAGGCGGCAAGCGGAACAAGAGAAUGGGCAGAGGAAGACAAAGAGGAAGACAAAGAGGAAGAGGCAGAAGUAUGGGCAGAGGAAACGGACAGAGAAAGAAAGACAAUCAAGGAAACGAGCAUGGUAAUAUUUGCAACCGCAUGAUGGCGGUGUGCAAUGACCCAGAAGGACCUGAAUGCGCUGCUACCCCACGUAUGCAUACUGGAAGACCUGCCAUGUCCACACGUAUGCGUACUGGAAGACCUACCAUGUCCACACCUAUGCACACUGGACGACCUGACAUGUCCACACGUAUGCGUACUGGAAGACCUGACAGGUCCACACGUAUGUUUACUGGAAGACCUGACAGGUCCACACGUAUGUUUACUGGAAGACCUGACAUGUCCACACCUAUGCACACUGGAGGACCUGAUAUGUCUACACGCAUGCCACCCAGAGGACCACGCCUGACCAGUCCAGCAGCGCCAGGUGGCCCCACCUUAGCUAGCUUCUCUCUUCCUGACGUCGGCACCGAUGCCGUUUCUACUGACGCAACCGUUACCGACGCUGUCACUAACGCAACCGUUACUGACGCUGUCACUAACGCAAACGCUACUGACGCUGUCACUAACGCAACCGUUACUGACGCUGUCACUAACGCAACCGUUACUGACGCUGUCACUAACGCAACCGUUACUGACGCUGUCACUGACGCAACUGCCACCGGCAGUACCUACACAACAGAGGCAACUACGGAGGCAAAUACUACGCCCUAAAGUGUCGAAGAAGUCUUUGCCGCUAAGGCUGCAUAUAUAGUAAACCAUCAUCUAUAUACAUACGCAUUAAAGGAAACCCGCGAUAGCAACUACUACGCGCCGCUUGAGCACGAUUUAUGCAGUGGUUUGAAUAAAACUUACAUGCGCAGGCGAUAGACAGAUGAUUGUGUGAAUGAUAUAGAGCUCUGUGAUUAUUGCAUACACACGCACGCGCACACACACACGCACAUACCCCCCCCCCCACACACACACACAAACACACGCGCGCGCACGA